GUUAAUGAAUUAGAAUUAUGAUAGAAUAUUUACUUGUUUCAUUAGGUCUGUUGGUAUGUCUAAAUUUUCUGAAUUAAAAUGGAUGACAUGAAAACAACUCUGGAUACUUAUAGAAAUCAACUAUCCCAGAUUAACGCAGCGAUCGAAUCCGGCCAAGAAGACGCGGACUUGAUUGUUCUACGCGAUGACAUCACAAACCUCAUCUCGCUUACAGAGGAAAGUUUGUUGGCAUACGAGAAGAGCCAGUUGAUGGCGCUGUUGGGCAAUGAAGACAAUCAGGAACAACCAUCCUCCAGUAACCAAACACCUCCACCUAGUGACAGGAUUGACGAACAACUCGCUUGUUUUUAUGCCGAUGAAACUUCCGUCUCCACAGACAAUAAACCUGAACUAAGUUUGAAAAUUUCCGCCGGAAGAUCUGUUUUAAACGAAGCGUUUUUGUCGACAAUAGAAGAUUGUGAUGACAUAAGUGGUGUCAAGUGUCGUGCUCCUUAUACCACCGAGUGGUCAGGUUGUCACUACCAUAACGCGAUGAUAAUGAAUGUUGUCAACGACCAUCAAGAACUGGAGGGAAAAUUCCCCGAUGACAUCAUAGUGAAAGUUUUGUUCCUGAAUCCAACAAUGGCAUCUAUGAUGUCAUGUCCUUAUUAUCUUGAAGAUAAGUGCAGAUAUUCGAAUGAUGAUUGUAAAUAUUCCCACGGCUGUUACGUCAGCUUGUACACACUCCAUCCGUUCCACCAACCAGAUUUUAAUAAUUUUACUCCUGGUUCAUCUUGCCUCGCUAAACAACAAGAUGGGACGUGGGGAUCUGCCACCCUCGACGUGGUGCAUGAGGACCUCAACUAUACAGUCAAGUUCCAACAUAGAAAUCUCACUCUUAACCUCGGUAUCGAUGAAAUAUUACCGACUCAUCAUGACAACGAGGAUUCCGAGUCAUCGGAUGAUGAUGAUGAUGUCAUAAUCGUUCCUGGUGAUGUCACAAUCACAGCGAAAGGAAUUGACUCAUCUACGUUCGGAGCAUGGGAGCAACACACGAGGGGGUUUGGAUCAAAGAUAUUGAUGAAACUUGGGUAUAAGAUGGGUGAAGGUUUGGGCACCAGGGGGCAGGGGAGAGUUGAUCCUGUCCAAGUAGAAGUGUUGCCAGUUGGAAAAUCAUUAGAUCAUUGCAUGAGGAUUAAAGAAAAAAGACGGGCAGCACUGGACAAAAACCUUAAGAAGGUGAAUCUCCCUAACCGACACCGACCUGGGAUGUUCAACUUUUUAAACAAAGCACUCGGUGACAAAAAGAAAACGCCAACAAAACCAAAGUUUCAACUACAAGAAGCAGUGAAGGUUAAAGAUUUAAAUAAUCGAACAAUUUCAAGGAAAAUAAAUCAAGAACUUGUGAAAAAUGAAUCGAAAAUCAAACAAGUUCAAUCAAGGGUGAAAAAGUUAAAAGAAUCAGUGGCAAGAAACAGGGAGAGAAACCCGAGUGUUGCCAAAAAACUUCAAGUGAAACUAAAUGAAGCAAUGUUGGAAUUGAAGUCAAUUAAAACUGAGAACACUGCAAUAGAACAACAACAAAAGCGCGCGGCUACACAUAGAAAAAUGGCGGAAUUUUAAUUUUAUUAUAUUUUAUAAUAUUUCUAGUAAAUACACUAAAAAACAUUUAGAAAAACCACAGUGGGUUGUAGAGAUUGUUGUUAAGCGUCAUGUUCGUGGAUACACCCACUAUGGUGGCAGUGUCGAGACUUGAACCUGUAAACUCUGGGGUACGGGCUGGGCAAAUAUAGGUCUGGACUCAGGGUUGUAUAAGGUUUUCAACUUUUCAAGGAGGGUUUAAGAACUGUCAUAUGAGAUAUGACUAAACAUGUUUUUCUUAGCAAACAUACACGUCAAAAGGGGGGAAUUUGAAAGUGACCCUUUAUUGAAUAGAGUAAUUAAAUGCUCGCUUUAAAAUAUAAUAAUUUUUUUUUCUACUA